GCGCCAUUUUGGAUAUUGUGUGAUGGCGAACCGUGUUUUGGAUUGAGGUGUUUAAACGACUGAAUUUGUAGUAUCGUCGCAAUUUGUAUUUCAAGAUGCCAAAGAAGGCAAAAAAGGGGAAGGGAAAGGGCAAAGGAAAAGGAAAGAAAGGCAAGAAGAAGUCAAGUAAGAAGUUCACUGACUCUGCCCAAGCAACGGCCAACUCUAGACUAUGGGAAGCAAGAUUAGAAGCUACUGAAAAAUCCAGGCUUGAAUACCGAGAAAAUGCAAAGAGACUGGCAUUAGAGAAUGAGUCAUUGCAAAACCAUAUGUACCAAUCUGAGAGGGACACCAUUGAUGUGGUUACGUUUCUCAAAAAAGAAGACCAGUCAAAAGAGGAUUUGAUUGCCAGAUUGUCAAAACAGUUGAAAGAUACAAAAAGGGAAACUAGGAAAGAAAAACAGCAAAUUAUUGACGAAUUCAGUCAGCGAAUAAACCAGUUGGAGGAUUCCUUGAAUGAGAAAACUAAUGAAGUGAAGAUGAUGCAGAGUGAGUUGAAACUAGUCAAAGAAUUCAGAAGAAAAAGGGGACAAAUGCAGAAAGAAUUAGAUGAGAUCAAAGAAGAAAUGUUCAUCACCAGCAAAGAGCAUAAAGCCACACUUCAAAGGAUGGAACAUAAAUUCUUUGAAGAGAAAAUCAGAUUACAGCAAGAAGCUAGUCAGAAAAUUGCUGAGUUAGCAGAAAGAGCUCAUACUGAAGCCAUUGCUAACCUGGAUGAGACUACACGAUCAGUUUACAAGGAAAAUGUGCGACUCAGUGAAGCAUUAAAUUAUCAUGUGAAAGAAGCAAAUGAACUGAAAAAGGCCAAGGAAGCGCUGGAAGAAGAAAGUGGUGGCCUGAGAGGGGAUAAAGAUCUGAAUACUCAACUAGUAGAGGGGAAAAUUAUUGAAUGCAAGAGACAAAAACACCAAAUCAAAGAGCUUCAAGAGAAAGUUAGGACCCUGGAGAAGUCCCUUAGUCACGUUGUCAGAGAAUUUGAAACUGAGCGAGAAAUUAUACUGAAGAAGACUGAUAUCGAGACGGAGGCUAGUAGGGUGGAAAUUGCUAAAUUGUUGAGAACGGUGGAUAUGAAAACCAAGGAAAUGAACAAAGUCAAAAAAUUAGCAAAGAAUAUUCUUGAUCAGAGAACACAAGUAGAAAGAUAUUUCCUGGAAGCAUUGGAGCAAGUCAAGCUAGAAAUAGUAGCCAAUCGAGCUCAGUACAGACAAGAUGCAGCAGCCAUGUAUAACAAGAAGAUGCUCGAUGCCCAUGCUGGUAAAGGUUCUUUCCCUAAAAUAAGAACAUUCAAUAAAUCUGAAAACAGCACAAAUAAUGUCUAUAGCGAUUUACAAGCUGCUGAAAGCUGGGCUGGAAUUGCUGGUCAGGUUGACAUCAGUGAGCUGACCUGGGAACAGAAAGAAAAGGUUAUACGAUUACUGUUUGCUAAAAUGAACGGUGCCAAGGUCAGAGUGAAUGCACCAGAUAAUCUGGCUCCCAUAAAAAUGCAGCCCGGUGUCACUCAUACAGAGACUGUUAAAGCGAUAGAAGCCGCCCCAGAACCAGAUAAUACAUUUCUGACACAGGCUCAGCUAAGCGAUGGUAAAGAAUUGAAUUCAAAUACAGUGGUACCAGAAAUAGGUGCUAUGGACGCUAGACAUGAAACUACAGUUACUUAAAAAAAACCAAGAAAGAAAACCAAAGUUACAUUUUUUAAUGGGAAUUUUUUUUAAUUGUACUUUAUAAAAAGAUUUUCUUUUUAUGAUGUGUGUAUAGCAUGGAUUUUAUAAUGUUUGUGUGUUUGUAGCAAUUUUACAUGUACAGUAUGUUACACUGACAGGCAUAAGGUUGUGUACAGAAGAAAUGUAUUUGUGCUAAAAAUCCAUGUGGAUUUGGUGAAGAUAAAAAUGCUAUGGAAAUAUAUAGAACUAUGUCGUAAACUUAUUUACCAUUUUGUUGUACUUUGAUUUUCUGUAUCGGUAUUAUGCCAUAACCAGGUUACUGCAUAUAGCUACAAAGAUUGUAGAAUUCUCAUAGGCCAAUUCAAAAACACUGUGACACAAAUCCUUAUAACGAAGCAGUUAUUGAGCAUGCUUUCUAAUAUGGCUUGCCAGUCAACUCUAGUUGCAGAAUUUGUAAAAGCAAACAUCUUUUCGAUUUCACUUUAAAUUGGUAUUUUAUUCUGUUGUUCAGUUUGUAGCCAAAGUUACAUUGAAAUCACCACUGAUACUAAAAAAUUACAAUAUCAGAGGUGAGAUCAAUAGUGAAAUUGAUAUAUCGUCAACAAAAAUGGUGCUGCCACAUAACUAACUGCAUUCAUGUUACAAGCUGACUCGCACAUAGUGGCCUCAAAACCCUGUGUAAAUUGCUUGUCAUUCUGUUAUUAUAUGACCUACUGUUCUAUAACAUUAGUGUUGUGUUAUACUUUAGUCUCUUGACAAGACACAAGUUACACCCUUCAUCCAUCUGAGUAUCAAGUGUCAUCUUCCAAGACGAUAGGAAUUAUUUUAAUGUGGGGAAACUAAAAGUGGUGGAUUAUUGAAAUAAGUAAUUCUAUUUUUUUUUUUUGAGUAAGCUGUAAAUCAUGGGUAUCCGUCCAAACCUGGCUCACAUUGCAGUAAAAUGUGUAAAAAUAAUGAUUUUGUACAGAAUUAAAUACUUUAUCUUUA